UCAGAACCCAUAAAAAGAUGGCCAAGAAGUUAGUUUUUAUUUGUGUGCUUGUUUUGCUUAGUCUGACAGGUAAAGGUGGAGCAGGAGCAAGGUUUUCGGAGGAGGCCAACAUUUUAAGGAAAGUUGAGGAUUUUGACGUUGAAAUAGGAGGAGGAGAUGACGAUGUUGAGUUCCUUGAGGAGCCAUUUUGGGCAAGUGAAAGAGGGAACAAGGUUCUCGUCAAUGUGGAUACCUUUGGUGCUGUUGGAGAUGGAGUUGCGGAUGAUACCCAGGCAUUUGUAAAAGCAUGGAAUCAAGCUUGUUCUACACGAGGAUCAGUGCUUUUGGUUCCCCAAGGGCGGCGUUAUCUAGUGAAUGCAACACGAUUUAAAGGGCCUUGCGAAGGCAAGUUAGUGUUUCAGAUUGAAGGAACAAUAGUUGCACCAACCGAGCCCAAAAACUGGGAUCCAAAAAACCCACGACUUUGGCUUGGUUUUUACAAUGUCAGCAAAGCUCUCUUCCAAGGUCAUGGAGUAAUUGAUGGCUCAGGAAGCAAAUGGUGGGCAGCAUCCUGCAAAAAGAACAAGUCUAAUCCUUGCAAAGGAGCUCCAACGGCGUUAACUAUAGAUUCAAGCUCAGCAGUUAGGGUGAAGGGCCUUACAAUUCAAAAUAGCCAACAGAUGCAUUUUGUCAUUUCAAGAUCAGACUCAAUACGUGUAACAGGUGUAAAAGUUUCCUCUCCAGAGGACAGUCCCAAUACUGAUGGAAUUCAUAUCACUGAAUCAACUAACGUGUUACUCCAGAAUUGCAAAAUAGGAACAGGUGAUGACUGCGUCUCAAUUGUUAAUGGAAGCUCUGAUAUCAGGAUGAAGACAAUAUAUUGUGGACCUGGUCAUGGUAUUAGUAUAGGAAGCCUUGGGAAGGACAACUCUGUUGGCAUAGUGACGAAAGUGGUUCUAGAUACGGCGUUUCUUCGAGGUACUACGAAUGGCCUCCGGAUCAAGACUUGGCAGGGAGGAUCUGGGUAUGUUCGAGGGGUACGAUAUCAGAAUGUGAGAGUAGAUGACGUUUCAAAUCCCAUUAUCAUUGACCAAUUCUACUGUGAUUCGCCGACGCCUUGCCAGAACCAGAGUUCUGCAGUUGAAAUAAGUGAAAUCAUGUACAAGAACAUUAGCGGGACUUCCAAAAGCAAAAACGCCAUGAAAUUUGCAUGCAGCGACACGGUUCCUUGCAGCCACAUUGUGCUGAACAACAUCAACCUAGAAUCUAGGGAUGGUACUGUAGAGACUUAUUGCAACUCUGCCAUAGGGUUUGGGUAUGGAUACGUGCAACCCUCUGCGGAAUGUCUGACCUCAUCAGACAAAGAAAAAAUCAUCAAGCAGGAGCCUGAGCUUGCCCAAAACAGCCAAGGCUAUCUCAUUCACACUGAAUUGUGAUGCAGAUGCGUCGUGCAACUGCUACUACAUGACUAUAUAUACUGGAUAAGUUCUACGAUUAGGUGCGGAGGAUAAUACUAAUAGUAUACCAUUGGUUGGAGUCACCUGAGAUUUCAAGUUCCCAUCGAGAUUUUAAAGUAUACCAUUGUGUCUUCUAACUUUACCGGGAUCAUGCUGAAUCCAAGUCAGGAGACUAGUAAAACAGACUACAUUAUUGUAACACUAUAUAAUUUUUUCCGGUUUAAGUUGUAAUACGAUAUUGUUGAAAAUUUUCAGUUAAAUGAGAUUGACUACAAUUAUGCGAA